GGACUCCUAGCAGCGGGUUGAGGGCUGGGCGGUGAGUUUUCCGGCUCGGUCCCAAUCCCCCCGCGCCCGGGUCGGGACCAUGGAGGCCGGGCUGCUGUGGUUCUGCAACUGGAGCACGCUGGGCGUGUGCGCCGCGCUCAAGCUGCCGCAGAUUUAUGCCCAGCUGGCGGCGCGCAGCGCGCGGGGCAUCAGCCUCCCGAGUUUACUUCUGGAGCUGGCUGGAUUCCUGGUCUUCCUCCGCUAUCAGUGUUACUAUGGGAACCCGCUGCUCACCUACCUGGAGUACCCCAUCCUCAUCGCGCAAGAUGUCAUCCUCCUGCUCUUCGUCUUUCAUUUUAACGGGAACGUGAAGCAGGCCGCACCUUACCUGGCAGUAUUUGUGUCUUCUUGGUUCAUCCUCAGCCUGCAGAAGUGGAUUAUCGACCUGGCCAUGAACUUGUGCACGUUCAUCAGUGCAGCCAGCAAAUUUGCUCAGCUCCAGUAUCUGUGGAAGGCACAAGACUCAGGAGCUGUGAGCGCGCUGACCUGGGGCCUCUCUGCCUACACCUGUGCCACAAGAAUAAUAACCACCUUAAUGACUACCAAUGACUUUACAAUUCUUACACGUUUUGUGAUCAUGCUGGCUUUAAAUAUAUGGGUAACAGCUACUGUUCUUCGCUAUCGGAAACCUGCCAUCAAGGCUGAGUGAUGGAUAGAUCACCCCUCCACACAAAGCGUACUUCACGUGACUGAACCAAAGAAAAAGCAGUUCAUCACUACACUGAAGUCCUUUAUAAGUUUAGUCAAUCGUUUCAGAAACUUCGAAGCCAAGGGUUUAGACUUGAAAGUCACUUAGCUAGGCAUGGUGGUCCAUGCCUGUAAUCCCAGCACUCAGGAGGCUGAGGCAGCAGGAACUAGACCCUGGGGAGGGAGGGUAGGGGCUAGGAAUAAAUAAAUAAAAAGAAUCACUUGAACAGUUGUUUAAAAAUGCUAAUUCCCUUCCUUCAACUCUCCUUUCCCUUAGGUCUUGGUAGGAUUCAGGCAUCUGUAGUGUUCUCUUCCUUCCCUACCCACCCCCGACUCCCCGCCUUUUUGGAGACAGGGUCUCACUGUAUUGCCCAGGUUGGCCUCCAACUUGCAAUCCUUCGGUCUCAGUCUCCAGAUGACAGGCAGGGCCAGCAGGCCCAGCAGGCCCAGCUAGACAUCCACAAUGUUGACACUGUUGUGACAGAUGGAAGUUAGUAACGAUCACUGACCAUUAAAGUCUACAGACUAAGUUCUCUCUGAAGAGCCAACUAUGUAUUUUAGCUUUCAGAAUCUUUUAAUAAAUAAAUCACAUAACAACAAUGAACAUAGAUGGAGUGGGACUUUGCACAGUCAGGAGUAGAACUGUAGUAAAUUAGUAGGGUUCAUUGUCUGGGACUGUUAAAUUGUAACGUGGCCUUGUUGUGUCCUAAAAUGGUGUAAUGCCUGUCCAUGCCAAAUGGGUAUCGCAGCAGGUCUGUAUACUGAAGUCGUCCUGUAACUUCUCACUGUGCCGUACGUAAUCCCAAACCUAAGGUAUUUUUAGCUCCAAUCUCUAUUUAGGAUGAGGAAUCCCAACGAACUUUCUGAUUCAAGCACAAUGCUGCCAUCUAACAAGGGCUACACCUACCUGUACAGCUGCCACUGCUAGAAUUGAAUAUAAAACACCUGGUUUUAGCUACUGAAAAUUAUGCAGGAGAGAAUCCUAAACCGACGUUAAGAUUAUUGUGCACUAUAUUUUCCUCUAUAACUUUAUAAACCCUAACAUUUAAAAACUCAUUUUCCUCUUCUAAGUGAAUGCUAUCAAUUUUGUUAUGCAGUAAAUAAAUGAUGUUUUCUGGAAAAUGUUUAAUUUCCUAUAUAAAAUAAACUUUGGCAUUUCAAACUCUGCCGAGUUUUAAGGCGGUCAACCAUUUCAAGUUAGGUAAGGCACUAUUUUUCAAUAAGCCAGUUAAUUCUUUUUAGAACCGUGCCUGAGACCAGCAAGAGAAACGCAGCAUGGAAACAUAAAUCUUCAUUAUGUGGUUAUUUCAACUACAGUUGUCAGUAAAAAUCCAAGUUAAUCUUUUCUCGUAUGAAUUUAUUAUAAUCUGACCAUUAGUAUAAAUACAAAUUAUGUGAUUUUUAUCCCAAAUAUUUUUUAUAUAUUUAUCUCACUACUUAAAUCAACUCCUGUGAGACCUACCCUAGGUGAAGCAUUCAUUUUUUUCCCCUUCGGGAGGGAACAAAACACUUGAGUUAUUCCAAGUAUUUCACGUACAUUACCAUAUUUAAUCUUGCAAUGCUCCUGUACAGCAGACACAGUGCCCACCUUAUAAUGGAAACACUAGGCACAGUGAAAACCCUGCCCAGGACCGGCAAGCUAGCUGUGUCCCAUGAAAGAAUCCAGUGAUCCCCAGAGAAACUUUCUAGAAAACUGCCCAUCAGCACACUGUAGACAAAGCAGGCCUCCUGCCUCCUCUCCCCUCACCACUGGAACAAAAUGGUUAGCCUUGUAUGUCCCUUAAACAUCCAAAUCAAAUCUUUGUUCUUCAUAAACUAAAAUAGGAGGCAGAAAAAUCACAAGUCUAUGGUGUCAACUAAGAUGGCGGCCAUCCUGUCUUUAAACAUCUUUUAGGAAGACCUUUCUGUGAACUUUAGAAGGCUGCAACAUUCCAAGAGCAUUUCACAGGAAAAGUAUGAAAAUGCUUACAUCUUAAUUUCUUUUAUUUAUUUUUUAUAAAAAGCAGGCAUAAAAUACAAUUACAGUACUACAAAGAUGCAACAGAAUUAAAAAUCAAGGGGUUAUGAUUUCUGUCCAGGGGACAGCUGAUCAAAAUAUUUAUGAUUAUCUAAACCAUGCACUUCAUAACUUAUUACAACUCCAAACAAAAGUCAUUACAGGGAAGGGAUCAAGGCGAGGCCCCUGGGCAUGACACCCAGCACUGUCACACAGCGCUCUUCUUCAAAGUGCUUUGCAGCCAGCUGCGGCCCCUCCACCAGCCUCGGAAGCUGAAGCCACCUCCAGGCUAGAAAGUGAGUCAGUAGCAGUGUCAACAGGGACUGAGAGACUCAGAAAGGACGUGCUGUAAUUGGGAUUUAGAAGUGUUACUUAAAGCAUUCUCCGUACAGGUACUAUAGUGCCUGAGUUUCUCUUUUACCCCCAGAACCCUAUAAGAAAAGAUGAACAGCAGCAGCAGAACUUCUCACGUUGUGGUUUGGCAACUGAAUGUUUCUCACUCAGGAUCUACAAAUGAACUGAUGCAAAGCCAGAGGACUCAGCCUGAUCCAUGUAGCUCUGGCAUGUGUUAGUUUUGAAACAGUAACCUCUUUUUAGGUUUACCAGCAUAUUUUUCCAUUUGUCAGUUAGAGAAUUUUAAAUUUUCAGAUAGAUUUUUAAAAACCUUGCUUCUAAGAUAGUUUUUAAAAAGUUAAUACUUAAAAAAAAUUCAUUACACAUUUCAACAGUAAUACCGGCACUAGUUUUCCUUUUACUUCUGUCUUGCUAUCCCAAGACAAAAGUAAAAAAUCCAACGAAGACAAUCCCAGUAUCCACUUAUUUCUUAGCUCCCAACUGGAGGUAUUUAUGGCUCUAGAAGAAAUCAAGUGUGAAGAAAUGAGCAACAUUUGGUCUCAGAAGUUUUGGGGUCUCAAGAAAAAGCGAAACUGGCACAAAAUGAGGUGGGUUUGUAGUUGGGAACAAAACACGUGGACAUGAAGGCGGCAGUGGGGAAGGCAAAUUCCUACCCAAGCUCAGGGUUUCUCAUAAGCUCAUUUCUGUUGUUGGACAGCAACCUUACAAUCCUUGUGUCAAACCACACGAUGUGAAGAUCUCCAUGGGAGAGAGUGUUUUCACCAUAAGAAUACCUUUUGUCCCCUAAAUGCUUCACAUUCAUUUUUGUGUACAGGUGCAUCACACCGUGACUCUCCUUGUUCUCUAAUAUACACAGCACUCAAAAUUUAGACUUCUGCCUCUUUUACUCAAAUACUUCAAUUAUUCAUGUGUAAACCUGACAUUAUUUUACCUUAAUAAAGUUUAUUAAAAAUAUAUAUACUCUCCAAUUCAGAAUAAUAGGAUAGAACCUCCCAUAGUGUAACAAAAUCUUUAUAUAAAAUAUUAAUUCAGUCUCCUUUUUAACAACUCUAAUGAAUGGAAAUAUUUCUUCUAUAUAAAUUUUAUAUAUUUUUCAUUUUUCAUUUUACUUUAAAAGAAAGGAAAGAAGGGAGGGAGGGAGGAAGUGCCCCAGACCAGAGGUACAGAGCACACACAGACAGCAUGAAUGAUGCAGACUGGGUAAUUACGAAUCACAGAAUUCAGCUUCAGUACUUCAGUAGGCCAAAGGCUACUCUUUCAAUUCCCACAAUAAUAUCUGUAAUGAGGAUCAAACUCUUUAAACAUCUCUACACUGAUUCUAGAGGAAAGCAAUGGAAAUGGUCUCCUUCCUUCAUUGAAAUAUUAGGUGAAUAUUUCAACGUCACACUGCACUCUGUGUAUGUAUAUAAAGAGAGACUGAUAAAAGAGUACAUAAUUAAAAAAAAAAAACUUGAUGCUUCCCAUUGCUGCAUACUGUUGCGGUAAUAGCGUACUUAUCUGGGCAAAUGAGAAAUACAGCA